AUGCGGACGAUAUAUUGGUUUUAUUCGCUGGUCUUUUUGUGGACGGGUGUGUUCGCAGACGUGAAGCCUGUGUCGCCAAGCUCGGGCGACACUUUCACGGUUGACGGCUCCACCGUGAAGUUUAACGUUACCUUCAAAGACGACGGCGAAUCGCCUAGCAUCAAGGACGCUCUUUCAUUCACUCUGCUGCUCAUGACCGGUCCGAACAACGAUAUCGAGCAAAGAGCUAGCCUGGCAUCAUCCAUCACAUUAAGCGACCUCGACGACGAUACGUACCAGGCGUCCGUGGCAGCUAGCGUUGGUGCAGACGGAUACUACUACGUUCAAAUUUAUGCAGACUACGGCUCGGAGUCCUACACGAUUCACUACACGGACAGAUUCAAGCUGGAAGGUAUGACUGGUACUUUGAAGACUUCGGGUACUGGCGAUCCUCCUGACGCUCAGCAGAUUAGUGUGCAGCAGUCCAUCAACUCUGCCUGGUUCACCAUACCAUAUACGAAACAGACGGGGAAAACGAGAUACGCUCCAAUGCAGACUCAGCCUGGAAGCACAGUGACGGCCACCACGUGGUCCAGAAGGUUCCCUGCCUCCUCUGUGACGUACUACUCCACCAUCUCAGGAACUCCUGUUGUUCACUCGACUAUCACCGCCGGCUGGUCGUACACUAUGAGUUCUCUCACGAACUACGCCACGCCUGCGCCAUUCCCGAGCGAGGUCGGCUGGUACGCCCCAAGCAAACGGUUACAGAGCGCGACGUUGGACAGUUCCUACAGAAAGAUGAAGAAACGGAGAUGGGACGAUUAA